GCAGAAGGGAGUGGGCUGCCGAGGCUGGAGGCAGAGUAGCGGCGGCGGCGGCAGCGGGGACCUCUGGGAAGGGAGUGUUCUGGCUGCUGCAAAGUUAACCUGCCGCUGUUGCUUUAGGCGUGAGAGGAAGCGGCGCAGGGGCGAGAAGGAAGGCGGCCAGCUGAGCGCAGCCAGAUCAAGGGGGCGCCGAGCGGUUCGCUGCGGCAGCGCUGGAGAAGCGAGCGGGCAGGAGGCGAAAGGCGCAUGCAGCAGGGCUCCGGCUCCGCUCCGGCGGCGCACAAUGGACGACGAAAGGUUGGUGCGCAUCAAGAGGUGCCCCCAACCACCUGAGGCAGAUGGAGAUAAGGAUCAGCGGACAGUGACCAUCAAUUCUUGUCAUAUGGGCAAGGCAUUCAAAGUCAUGAAUGAAUUAAGGAGCAAGCGGCUUCUUUGCGACGUGGUAAUUGUUGCUGAAGACAUUGAAAUCGAAGCCCACCGUAUUGUCCUAGCAGCUUGCAGCCCAUAUUUCUGUGCAAUGUUUACAGGAGACAUGACGGAAAGCAAAGCAAAGAAAAUAGAGAUCAAAGACGUUGAUGGACUAACCUUAAGCAAACUAAUAGAUUAUAUCUACACAGCGGAGGUAGAAGUCACAGAGGAGAAUGUCCAGGUUUUACUGCCAGCUGCCAGCUUGUUACAGCUAAUGGAUGUUCGACAGAACUGUUGUGACUUUCUUCAAUCUCAGCUCCACCCCACAAAUUGCCUUGGAAUUCGCGCCUUUGCAGAUGUGCACACCUGCACAGAAUUAUUGCAACAGGCCAAUGCCUAUGCAGAGCAGCAUUUUCCUGAAGUGAUGCUUGGUGAAGAAUUUCUUAGCCUAAACUUGGACCAGGUUUGCAGCUUGAUAUCAAGUGACAAGCUCACAGUGUCAUCAGAAGAAAAGGUCUUCGAAGCUGUCAUUUCGUGGAUAAAUUAUGACAAAGAAUCUCGCUUGGAACACAUGGCAAAACUGAUGGAGCAUGUUCGCCUUCCUCUCUUGCCCAGAGACUAUCUUGUACAGACAGUUGAAGAAGAAGCUUUAAUCAAGAAUAAUAAUACAUGUAAAGACUUCCUCAUUGAAGCCAUGAAAUAUCACUUACUUCCUCUGGAUCAGAGACAGCUGAUAAAAAAUCCUAGAACCAAACCAAGGACGCCAGUCAGUCUGCCAAAGAUAAUGAUUGUGGUGGGUGGGCAGGCACCAAAAGCCAUUCGAAGUGUAGAGUGUUACGACUUUGAGGAGGAGCGAUGGGAUCAGAUUGCUGAACUUCCUUCUCGGAGAUGCAGAGCAGGGGUGGUAUUCAUGACAGGCAAAGUCUAUGCAGUGGGAGGUUUCAACGGCUCUUUGCGGGUUCGGACGGUUGACGUGUAUGAUGCAGUGAAAGAUCAAUGGACAUCUAUAGCCAGCAUGCAAGAAAGACGAAGCACUUUAGGAGCUGCUGUGCUCAAUGAGCUCCUGUAUGCUGUUGGUGGAUUUGAUGGAAGUACUGGUCUGGCAUCUGUGGAGGCUUAUAAUUAUAAGGUCAAUGAAUGGUUUUUUGUGGCGCCUAUGAACACAAGAAGAAGCAGUGUGGGAGUUGGAGUCGUAGAGGGUAAACUGUAUGCUGUUGGUGGAUAUGAUGGAGCAUCACGCCAGUGCCUUAGUACCGUGGAGCAGUAUAAUCCAUCUACAAAUGAAUGGUCUUACGUUUCUGAUAUGAGUACUCGGCGCAGUGGUGCAGGGGUUGGUGUUCUUAGUGGCCAGCUAUUUGCGACUGGAGGGCAUGAUGGUCCUUUGGUGAGGAAAAGCGUGGAAGUGUAUGACCCUGGAACAAAUACAUGGAAACAUGUAGCAGAUAUGAAUAUGUGCAGAAGAAAUGCAGGUGUGUGUUCAGUGAAUGGACUUCUUUAUGUAGUUGGGGGAGAUGAUGGCUCUUGCAAUUUGGCCUCUGUAGAAUACUAUAAUCCUGUCACUGACAAAUGGACACUAUUACCAAGCAACAUGAGCACUGGAAGAAGUUAUGCAGGUGUAGCUGUGAUCCAUAAGCCAUUGUGACACCCAUUUGUGUGAAUGCAACACAAGAAAUGAUGACUGUCUAGUUGUGUUUUGGAAGACACUGGGGAUUUUUAAUUGCCAUACUAACGCUGCACUUCUAGCCUGACAACCAUAUUUAAUAAGAGCAUCCCUUUCUUCUCAACAUGCCACUGCUGGGAACAAAUUCCAGAAAUAAGGUGUUGCUUAUUUUGUGGGUGUUCUGUUCUGUUUUUGUGUGAGCUGUUUUAUGUACAGCCAGGAUUGAGCUUGAAGUGAAUUUCUCAAGAAAGAGGAAAUGUUUCUCUACAGCUUGUGACUGGGAGAAACUUUUUUAAAAGGAUUCUUUACUACUGACAGUGAAUUAAGUAUUAGACAUAAUUUUUUACUUGGUUAUAAACACUUAAUUACACCCACAGAAACUAGAAAUUUCAAAAUACUCAUAAAAACUGUCUGGGAAGCCGUCCAGAAGUUUAUUUGCUGUAUUGUAUCCAAUCUGUGUACAUAUCCUAUUUGACUACUGUAAAUGUAUAAUUUUGGGUGCUGGAAGUAUCCACUGUAUGAUUUUUCUCUAGUGGCAAAAAUCCAGAUUCAUCAAAUUGACUAGAUGAGCCAAGUAGUGUGUUUUUCUGAACUUCAAAUGCCCAAACACCAGAAAGACCGUUGAAAUGCAGUAUUCUACUGCUUUUGAACAGACUUUUUUUUCCCUCAAGGUUGACUUUGGUGGAGUGGAGUGAUGGGGCAAUGUAAUAUAUUUGUUGGCAACAAUUGAAAAACUAAUCAGAAAAAGCAAGCUGAACCUGCAGUCUGUUUUUGGUGCUGUGAUAUUGUGUCAUCUUCAACAGUGUAGAACAGGCCUGUCAAACUGGCAGCCCGCGGGACGGAUGUGUCACGUGCAGGCCACGCCCACUCAGGCUCUUCAAAGGCAAAUGAUAUUGAAAUAUGUCGCGAUACAGCACGUGACACAAUCAAGGUUGACACCCGUGGUGUAGAAUGAUGGAAACAUGCCACAAAGUUCCACAUUGCAACUUUUAUGAUGAUUUGGGGAUUUCAGAUGGGACCAUAAGCCACUUCAGGAACAGAAGCAGUAUUGUGCCAGGAUGAUAAGGUACUGCCAAGUACAAGGGCUGAGGGAAUUUGGGGUGAGGGAAUUUUCUGUGGAAAUGCAUCUUCAGAAGUCCAAAGGGGAUAUCAAGAAGACUGUAACUAUCAUCUAGGAAAUCCCAGCUAAGCUUUGAUUAGAAGGAACUGGAUUCCUGCAUAUACCUCUCAUGCAUUUGACCCUACAUCAUCAGUUGCCCAAGAUAUUUAGAACUUCUAAGUGUCUUUCACUUCAUCAUUGUUUAACUCUUCUAGCUGGAGCUAUCCUUCUAAAUGUUAUCCAUAUGUUUGCGGUUCUAUGUAUAAAAAAAGGCAUUUGAAUUAAUUUAUUCUAAGAAAAGGAAAGGUAAGUGACUUCUCAGAAUAGAAAAAAUGUCCAGCUAUAUAACUUGAUCUGUAUCCAAUUCCAUUCUAGCUAUUGUUUUAAAAAAAAAAUCAAACUACCACCACAUGGAAAAUAAUUCUGUUGCUCAAAAUAUAUUAUUUACUUCCAUUUUUUUUCCAGUCAGGUAACAUUCCCCAAAGCACCUAUUUCCCUAUUCUUUGCUAUCUUUUCCUUGAAUACUUUUUCUGUUUUAUUUUGAUUUAAGAAAAGCAUUUAACUCAUUUGUCUUGCUUUCAGUUUUUCUGUCACUUAAAGUAACUGUGAAACAUUAGUGAAGCAGAAAAUGCAAUUGAACAUAAUUUUCAGUAAGUGUUUCUAAAGGCAAGACUGGAUUAUUAUUUUUUAUAAGUGGUUUCUUCUUUUUAAAAACAAACUCUUUACAUCUUAAUAAUUCUUUUUUGUGUAUUGGCAGAGAAAGUAUAGUACCAAAGGGUAAGAAUGCACAUAGAACAAUCCUAGCUGCUAUUUAAAACUCAGCAGUAAACUGAUUAUUGUCUGUUUAACACAUACUUUAAGGUAAAAUAUACGGCAUUUUCUUCAUUUGUCUUUCUCCCUUUUUAUUAAGGUUGCCUGUCACCAAGGAAUUGCUUUCCCAAAGCUGGGAACAAUAAACACAUUGCAUCAAUUGCAUUUUCUAUACUGAGUUUGAGGGUGAAUGAAAUACAGCUUCCUUUUCUCCACAUAGAAGUUCCAUCCAGAGUAAUUGAAUAUGGUGGCAAAUCUCUAGUCCUUCUGGGGAAGAUUUGAGAAUGCCGUGGAGAUUUUGCAGGGCUUAGCCAGACCUGGUUUGGAUUUUUAUUGCUGAGCAAUAAAUGACUUGAGUUGACAUAGUUUGUUUAGCUAAAAGCAAACAAGUCUCAUUCUGCGAAAGUUAAAUGUGAACUAGGGCUUUGCAUGUGAUGGUAGUAGAUAACAUUCAGUGCUUUAUAAACAAAUAGACAUGGAACAGGAUUUAAACUUCAUAUUUUUCCCUCACUAUCCACACAAACCUCCCUAGAAGAUCUGGACACCAUAGUUUUUGCUCAAAAAUCUCUAGGAUGAUGUCUUGAGUAUAAAUCCUGUCAUCCUCAUUGGGGAAUCUUCCGGGUAUGAUAUCCUGCCUGUAGCACCUGUGAAUCACUCAACAGGUGGAAAAUGCUUCCAGUAAUCUGCACGUGAAGACCACAGUAUGUAAAACAGUCAUGUCUUUGAAACACAAUGAGGUUUUUUUCUUUGUUUUUGCUUUGUGAUGCUCAUUGAGGAAUUUGUGAAGUAGUAAGAUGCCAUAUUUACCUCAUUUGAUGAUGCAAGUGUUUCUACAAAUGUAUAUGCACUAAAAUCCAACUUCUUAUCAAAGCUAUAUGCAUGCUACAUUCCACCACUGAUAGGCAAUGUAUUUUGCUGUCUAGCUCUACUAUAAAGUGGCCCCUAGGUUCCCAUGUGACAAGUUGGGGUGGGUGGGGGUAUUAGAAAUUUGUGUGCUGGCUGUUCAUAAAUGGCAUUGGUUUCAGCUAAGAGCCACUUAUCACUAGCAAAUGGUAUGUGUCACUCUUCUGUGGGUAAACUUGCAGGGUUAAUGCAAGUCAAGUGACCUCAUUUCUCAGCUAUGCAAUAUUAAUAGUUGUGACACAACCAACUGCAAUUGCCCUUUCAAAGCGCUUUUGAAAUAACUUUCAUUUGCACCACGCCAAUUCUGAGCCGCAGCUUUUCAAAGAUUGCCUUUUUAUAGGGCUUGGAAAUACAGCUUUAGAGCUGGCAAGUUUAAAUGUAAUUAUUUUUGUAAGAUAAUUCUUAAUGAGUUCUUGGAUCUCUUUUGAUGCUGGUGGCAAUUAUGAUUAGUGUCUAAUCCUUACACCAUGGGCCCAAUUCUCACCAGCCAUUUAUUUAUGCUGGCUUAUGGAAAGGACACAAUCCUGCUCAAUGUUCAUUAACAGUGGACUGUUACCUCUAUAUUAGUAAGAUUCUGAACUAAGGCACACAGCUAUGACCACAUCUAUUGGCUUUUUUAAAAAAGAAAAUGGACAUAAUUUGGCUUCAAUUUGUACAUCAGGAUUGCUUUAUUUUCUCUUUGGUUCUCUAGUAACAAUAUGCAGCUCAAUGCUAAAGACAAAUUUAUAAAUAGAGUUUCUUUGCAAGAUGGCUUUGAGAGAACUAAUCUUGUUGAAAUAUUAUUGACGGAAGCUAUUUUACAAUCUCUUGUCCAAAAGCUGACUCAUUUGAUUGUGAAACGAUCCUCCAUAAAUCCGGAUUAUAGAUGCAAAAAUUAAAAACCAUUGCGAAAUAUUGUUUUUAUGUCUGUGCUUAACAUAUGCUCCUAAACAUAGUGCAGAUUUUCAUUAUUGGAAGCUUCUGGCAGAGAAUCCCAUCCCUCCCCCCAGUAUUUUAAAGGAAAUCUGUAUGAUGCCAACUAAAGUGGCAUGGGUACACUGUUAAUUUUCUCAUUUUCAGUUGCUAUUGUAGUUCAUUAGAUGGAACAUAAGCGGGGUGCAGAAAUCCAGAGUUUUCAUGUGUCUCUGUUGCCAUCUAGUUGCUGCCUGGAUUUAAAAAAAAAAAAAACCUCAGAGAUCAAUGAACAGCCCAACUCCAUUGAUGUUUCAAACUUAAGAAUUUCAGCAAUUGAGAUUUGCAACCAAUGAGCUUAUUGGACAAGCUUAUGUCUAGAUAUUAAAGCACAAAGUACAACUGUAUUCAAAAUGAAUUUAGAACCAAGUCCUGUAUUUAUGUGGCAUCUGUAAAGGGAGCUAGUUUCUCUGCCCUAGUAUUACAAAUUAGCUGGUAGCUUUAUUUGAAUUUGGGUACCAAUUGGCUUAAAUAAAGUUCAGGCAGGUUAAGUGGAUUUCACAUUGUAACCAGCAUUAGCCUGAUACACGCGCACACACACACAGACACACACACACACUGUGUGUGUGUGUGUGUUUGUUUGUUUGUUCAAUAGACCCCGAAUAACACUGCAUGAUUAAGCAGUGAAUAAGGAAUUAUUUUUAUUUUUUGCACUAUAUGUAUAUUGAAGACUUUGGAUAUUAUAUUAUUUACCUUCUCAAUCAAACGAAUGCACAUGUCCACUACUUAAACAGGCUUGUUUCCUCCUUUAUGGGUAGGAAUCCAGAGUUACUUUAAAGCACUGAAUUUUUUUUUAAAAAAAUCAUUUAAAAAGAAUUAAAGUUUUGAUCAUAACUGAAUUAACAGAUUAGGGUAAUAUAAAGAGGCAGAUUGCCAUUAGCUCUUGCGCAAUGUUUGUUUCUGAAAACAUGAAAUGAUUACUUUUGGUUGAAUUUCAGGCAUUUAGAAAUUGUCUUUUGCUAUCCAGUUUCCAGUUGGAUUCCACAGUUUGUUCCUAAAUUAUCUCUCCAAGUUAGAGUUCAAUCCUGGAUUAUGGAUAGAUGAUGAUUUGUUGCCAUGCAAAAUCAGGAGGGAGCCUGUAAGAUGCUGCUGGUGCUUAUAAUGGUUUGGUUAAGGCUGACAUCUGAAUGUGCUCAAUAUGUGAUAAAUAUAUCAUAUGAUAAGAAUCCGAAACACUCUUUGUUUCCAAUAUCCUAAAUUAUUUUAUUUUUCUGUGUGGUAGCAAUAAACAAUAAGGGGUUUAAUUUAUAAAUAUAAUGUUUAAGAUACAGUUUAAGACUAACAGAAGAUUAUAAAGGCAACGUUUUUUUUUUAAUAAAAUAAACUAGUCUGAGAUACAAUGUAGCUGUGAUCCUGUACUAUUUACAGCCCAAUCCUCUGCAUGUUUGCCUCUGCAUACUUCAAAAGCAAAGUUUCACUUUAAACCAGGGCUGUCAAACUCACGGCCUGCGAGCUGGAUGUGUCACAUGCUGGCCACACCCACACUAGCGGGGAGUGGGGGGGAGUCCCAAUACAUCAAGUGACACUGCCGUGAGUUUGACACCCCUGCUUUAAACAGUGGGAGUUAAUUCUAAAUGGACCUGCACAAGAUUGCAGCUGUAAUUAGUUUCAUGACCUUUCAAUCACGUUGCCCAUGAUAUUGAUUUGAUAACUCUUUAUACCUGAUUACCGCUGAAGGAGGAACUGGUUGGUAGUGCGAUUCUAUUUCCCCGUCUUUCUUUCAGCUUCAAGACUUCAUAAAAAUGUUAACUUGUCAACAGGAAGUUAUAUGUAUUUUCUGGCACAUCGAAUUUUGCUUGAAUAAAGUUGAGCAA